CGUCCACUAGCCGCCUGGCUCACACUCUCACAGUCCAGCAGCACUGUGGCCUCAGAACUUCAACCCUCUACUCGGGAGGACGGUAUCAUCAUGGCUUCAGCUAAUGACAACACCACAGAUGGAGACCAAAAGGUUCCUGAUGAGGAUGAAGCUCCUAAAGUCAAAGAUAUUCAGUCACACUACCUCCGCAGUCCUUCUCCAAGCUUUUCGAUGAUGUCAGACAGGUUUUCGACCAUGUCUGACCGUUUCUCCAGGUUCUCUGGGUCAGAUUCAGAGAGCUUCUUUAUGGAUCCCAUUCACCUUUCCUCGGCUGUCGCUGCAAAACAGAUCAUCAAUGAGGAACUGAAACCCAAAGAGCUACGGUUGCCCUCGACCCCGGAGAGCAUGAAGGAGAGAGCAGAGCAGCUAAUGGUGGAGGACCUUUAUAACCGUGUUAAGGACAUGGUCGAUGACCGCAGCCCCUAUAACACACCCUGUGUUUUGGACAUCCAAAGGGCUCUAAAUCAGGAUCGCAUGGAGGCGCCUGCAAACCCUGUGGAUGAAGUCUGGCCGAAUAUCUUUAUCGGGGAAAAAUCAGUUGCGGUCAACAUAGCCCGUCUGAAGCGUCUUGGCAUCACUCACAUCUUAAAUGCAGGCCACGGUACUGGUGUCUACACAGGUGAAAGCUUCUACCAGGGAAUGAACAUCACCUAUCUGGGAAUUGAAAUUGAUGACUUUCCCGACGCAGACAUCUCAACACACUUCAGAACGUGUGCCGAGUUCCUGGAUGAGGCUUUGCUGACACAUAGAGGAAAGGUUCUGGUGGAUUCUAUGAUGGGAACAAGCCGCUCAGCAGUUUUAGUUGCCGCUUACCUAAUGAUCUUUCAUAACAUGACAAUCAUGGAGGCGUUAAUGGAAAUCAGAAAGAAGCGUGCAAUAAGCCCCAAUGAGGGCUUUAUAAAGCAGCUCCGUGAUCUUAAUGAGACUUUAAUGGAGGAACAAGAUGAUGAUGAUGAUGAUAAUCAAAGCCAGUCCUCUGUAAUUGAUGCUAUGGCUCGUCUCCAUGAGAAGGAAAGCAUGUGUAGUGUUAAGGCCAAUUCCAUCAUGGUGGAAGAGGAGGACAAUGUAAGUGUGAUGAGUAGUGUUGCGUCCUCUGCUGCUGCUGAAGCUCUGAAAGCAGGCAUUCUUGGAGGUACAGUUGACAAAGCAAUGAGGGCGAAGGAUUCUUGUCUGCCAGGGAAUGAAAAAGAAGAUGAAGAGGAAGAUGUGGACAAAAUGAUUCACGAGUGGCAGAAACGAAAUGAGAAAUAUCAGAGUGAUGAGUGGUGGGAGGCCCAGCUAAUGUUUGAUGAGGAUGAACGUGGGUCUCUUGCAGGGGAGUCUAAUAGGACGAUUCCCCGACCGGAGGAUCUAGAAAGUGUAACCAGUGAGGAAUUGCAGAUGGUGAAGGAGCAGAUUAAGCGCCGAUCUCGCCGGGCCGCCUCGGACUCAAAGUCUACUGCUAGUUGCAGCAGCUAUGCAGACCUAUGGAAAGAACGCCUGAGAGAGAUUGAAGAGCAGGCAGCUGCAAGAUACCGUUCCAAGGAAAAAGAUGAGGACGCAAUUAGCGAAGCAAGCCAAAAGAAGAUAGAUGAUGAUUUAGAGAGUAUAAUGUCUGACUCAAGCUCUAUGUACAACUUCUGCAAGAAGAAUAAAGAGAAACUGACUGCUCUAGAACGGUGGAAGAUCAAGAGAAUACAGUUUGGUUGGAACAAGAAGGACAAAAACACAGAGGAAAAUGGUGGUGAAGAAAAGGAAGGUGAAGUAGAAACCCCUGCUCCUUCUUUGGAAGAUGUCAAUUUAACAGCCUAUCAGACUUGGAAGCUAAAGCAGCAGAAGAAAUUUGGUGGUGAUGAAAAGAAGGAUGAGAUUCUAGAGAUGAGUCGUGGAGAAGAUUCAGCUACAGUGAGAAGGCGACAGCGGAGGGAAGAAUUGCUUGAGCGCUCGAGAAAAACAUUAGAGGAAAGCCAGUCAGUGUGUGGCUGGGAAACUGAAAGCAGCACUGGUACUAUCCCACUCUCUGCUUUCUGUGCUGGUGCUUUUCCUUCUGCAAGUGUUGUUGGAGAUGAUAACAUGUCCACCUUCAGUGGAAGAUCAUCGGUUCACUCUGGCCGAAGCACCCAUUCCCAACCUGCAGCCCCACUAGCGCCACCUGAGCCACCAGCUCCUGUUCUGGGACCCAAUGGGGAACCAAUGGUUAACAUAGCAAACAUCCAAAACUGGAUUGCAAAUGUGGUCAAUGAAACACUCUUGCAAAAGCAAGCAGAAAUGAUGAUGUCAGGAAGCCUCCCCCCAUCAGUUGCAGGGUCAGUUUUCGAUCUGGGGGCAGGCUCAGCUGCUGGACCCAGCCGUAAAGUGGACGAUGAUAAGUCCUCUGUGUUAAGUGGAUCAACUUAUUCUGGUUUAUCACGCGUCAAACCAGAAUCUGUGCUUUCUGGUGGAGGUAGAGCUGCGUCUGUACUUUCUGCAGGUGGAAGGGCUGAAUCUGUUCUAUCUGCUGGAGGGACAUCCAGAUUAUCCUCUGUUUCUGGAGUAGGCUCUCGCAAAAGCAAGAUCACCAGCACUAGUGUACCUCUUUAUAGCUUAUUCGAAGAUCAAGUUAAUCUGAACAAGCUUGACACAAUGGAAAAAGAAAUUCAAUCAGAUAUGAGAGAUAAGAUCGCUUCCUAUGAAAUAAAGAAGAUUAGAGAAGACAAUAAACGUAGUACAUUGUACAAGAAGAAAAAGCCCAAGGAUGAAGAUGAAGACGAAGAAGAUAAGAGUGGUUUUGGAAAGACCGCUGGUAAUUCAUCAGCCACCGGUGAAAAAACAACUCCUAAAAGAGAUUAUGGCCGCUCAGGAAUUCUCAACCUUCCGACCUCUGCAAACACUAAUUCUACGAUUGAUGACUGGCUCAAAAAUGUAAGACCACCCUCCAGCAAACCAAGAAGUGUAGAUACAGCUGUACCUCGCAUGUCCAGGCCAGUAUAUGAAGAACCAUCUGAUAUAUCCGAGUUAGAUUUUUCAAGCCGAAGAAGCUCAGUCGUGGCACUUGCAGAUGAAGACGAGAAUUAUGACUUUGCAUCAAGAUUUUUUUCACGAGAUGAGGCUGACAGUGAGUCUGAUUUAAUCAGGGAUUCCAGUCCAGAAUUCAGCUAUCAGUCUAGGAGGCGGCCCUUUGGAGAUGGGGACUCUUUCGAAGAAACGUCAGACACUAGUCGUUACAGAGCUGGGGGACUCUACGCUAGACGUGAAACAGAAGAAGAUAGCAGUUUCCAGGAGUACUCUGCAAAGAGAAAAUUUACUCAUUCUUCACGAUUUAAUGAAAAUGCAACAACCACAGGGAGUCGAAGUCGAGCACGACAAGAUGAAGAUGAAGAUGAUGAGGUGUCUGCUUUUCUCAACCAGAUCAGACAGAGGGCGAAAGCACGUGUGGCAGAGGAGUUCGAAGAUGGCGAUGAAGUUCUUGCUACAUGGAGGAAAAAAGAGGAGUCAUAGGGUAAUAAAAAAAAAAGACUCCUAACCACAUAAUUUGUUCCUUUGCAAAAGGCUUGGGUAUUGGGUAUUUUUCAUAGAACUGGCCUCGCAUUUAACCUCGACAAUGGCCUGGAUUUAAGAUUCUACUUAAAAAAAGGAAUGCCUCAAUGCUUUCAGUGUACUUGAAAACCAAGGAACAUUCAUAAGUGGUUCUUUAAAAUAACACUGACUCUCCAUUAAUCAUUUGUACACUUUAACUUACACUUACCGGGCACUUUAAUCGUCACACCUGUACCCAUGCUCAUUUGUGCAGCUAUCAAAUGAGCCAAUCAAGUUGCAACAGCACAGUGCAUGAAAUCAUGCAGAUACAGGUGAAGACCUUGAGUUAAUGUUCACUUAAAAAAAAAAUAUAGGGAAAUAUUUUGUUCUUAGUGACUUUGACAACGGCAUCUGUUGUUUGGGGCUUUAUAGGAAGUGCUUAUCUCCUGGGACUUUCACACAAAAACAAAUGUAAAAAGGAGUUACCACAGCCCUUCAGCUUGUACUGUCAGUUUGAACCUGUCUGGUUGUUUUUGUCUGACCCCUCUCUCAUCAACAAGGUGUUUCCACCUGCAGAACUAGUAGUAAUCAUUCUGUCAAUUUUAGCAAUUAUUGUGAUAAAUAAUUGGAUAAUUGCAUGAAAAAGUUGGUUUACAGGUGUUUCAAACAUUUACUUUUGAAUACAAUGUACAUUCACGCUUAAGAACAAUUCAAUUAAAAGGCUUAAAGAGUU